UUAUAUUCGAAGAAACAUUGGGGAAAGAGAAUAGAAGCUGCUUCCGAAACAUCGUCUAAGCUCAUUUCUCGGUAAUAAAGAUGUGGUUCUUAUUCGUUGCUCUUCUACCACUUGUUAUCUCGGGUAAAGAUGUAUGCCCAGAUGGCACACUUUGUCCCGAAGGAAAAGUGUGUUGCCCGGAGAGUGAUGCCAAGUUUGGCUGUUGCAACAGCGACUUAACGAUGGGAUCUUUUGACGUCGAGCAACAACAUGUAAUGGGAGCACCUUCUAUAAUUGCCGAGAAUGCUACUUUUCCUAAUCGCUGGUGCAACUGCCCCCGGGGAACAUGUUGUGACAAUUUCUGCUGUCAGCUACAAGCAGCGCAGUGUUGCAGAAAUCCUUCAAAGUGUUGUGGAAAUGGAUGGAUAUGCUGCGGAAAUGGUCAGUGGUGCUGCAGAUGGAAUCAAAUCUGCUCGGCAGCUUAUGGUUUUUGUUUAAACAAAUAAUAAUUUUAAAAUCAUAUUGAUAUCCAUUCUGUAUUAUGUAGACUACAUAGUCCGAAAGAUUUGUGAAAGUCUUUUCCGUGCUGAAGGUUAUUAAAGCGUAUUAUACAUUAUGA